AUGCCAAACCACCUCAGCAUUCCUUUCAAGAAGACGUAUUCGUGCCCGAUACCUACUGCCGCUCGCGAUUACAUUCGAAAUCAUACAGAAGAUCACCCGGAUGCGUAUAUUCGUGACAUAAAUCAAUGGAAGUCACUGCGGGAUGUCGGCACAGGGGGCGUAUUACAUGCUGACCGUGUCAACUCCGCGUUAAAUUAUCACGCUCAACUUGUGUUCAUUCUAGCCAAAUUACCGUCCGACAUCAAUCUGGAAUUUUCAUACGCACAUGCGUUUUCUUCGAGCUUGUCCACCCUCCCCGUGACCCUGAGGAGUAUAGAAUUUGAACGGACUUCAGUCCUGUUCAAUAUAGCAGCGCUAUAUUCCCAAUUAGCCGCCUCCGAAGAUAGAUCCAGUCAAGAUGGCCUAAAGCGUGCAAGUGCUUAUUAUCAGGCAAAUGACAAUUACCUCAUGCUGCACCUGAAGAAUGCCGCUGGUGUCUUGGCCUUCCUGUCGACGUCAGCACUACCGAAACUCGGUCCCUUAGUAGACCCAGAAAACACGCCUUCCGACCUGACCGAAGAUUUUGUAAAAAGUCUAGAAUGGCUUAUGUUGGCUCAAGCCCAGGAAUGUGUCUGGCAGCGUGCCGUCACUGAUCAUUACAAGAAUGGCCUGAUUGCAAAAUUAGCGGCCAAAGUUUCGUCUCUCUACAGCACUUCCUUACUUUCGAUCCGCCUGGCCGCCGCGGACAGCCGUGAUGCCUUACCAUCUAAUUGGAUUCCUCACCUGGAUACAAAGCAACAUCAUUUCAAUGCAGCAUCACAAUUCAGGAAAAGUAUCGACGAGCUCGAGGCCUCCAGGUACGGUGACGAGAUACAACGUCUAAUGAUUGCGGAAGCGGAUGCUAAAAAGGGAUUCAACAUCGGUAAACGUGCUGGGGUUGCUCAAGCAGUCCUAGAAGAUGUCAAGUCAUUACUUGACGCCGUGCAGAAAAAUCUCGCACGUGCCGAAAGAGACAAUGAUCUGAUAUAUCAUCAGAACGUUCCCGCACCUUCUGGUAUCCUGGCGAUUCAAGAAGUAUCAAUGGUCCAGAGCAUCAUUCCACCUGGGCUGCAAGACCCCAAAAGUGUGAUCGGAAAUGACAACAUAAUCUUUGGUGAGAUGCUCGGAUGGGGUGCUCGGGAAGCUAUCAAUAUAUACAAUGACAACAAGGGAAAUUUACUUCAAGAGAAAAUUCUUGAACCAGCCCAGAAUUUCAACGAUGAAGCCGAUAAGAUGCUCCAAUCUCUGAACUUGCCGUCAUCAUUGGAAGCCUUGGAACGUCCUGUCGGGCUGCCCCCAUCUCUCUUGAAGAAAGCUGAAGAAAUACGUCUAGAGCAAGGGCCCACAAAGAUCGAUGUCUAUAUCGACGACGUCCAGCGACUCUCUCGACACGUACUCGCCAUACUCGACGAGGCUAUGGACAUUCUAGACAGCGAGGCUUCUGAGGAUGAAGCUGCACGCAGAGAGAUGCAAAUGAACCGCCCUCCAUCUCAUGAAGCGAACCAAGAGCUUGUCAUGAAGCAACAACGGUAUCGGUCCAUCCUCACUCAGGCAGCAGAAAGCGACGAACUCGUGCGGAGAAAAUGGGAGGAAUGGGAAGAUCAAAUAACCGAGCUUACUCGCGACGAGGAUGAGCUCGAAGCUUUGGUGCCGUCAUCGACAGUCUCUAUGGCAGGAAAGGCGGUGUCAACUAGUCAAACUCAAAUCCACGCUCGCACCCUGCGUGGCUUACUAGAGUCUCUGGAUGAUAUUCGUCGCACUCGAGACGACCUUGUUGUCCGUGCCCAAAGACGAGCGGAAAGCGACGACAUACGGUCAAAGGUGCUGACGGCAGCGGCAAGGUUAGAACACGGGACAGAAAUGAGCGCUGCUAUGUUUGAAGAUGUUUCAGACAAUGAACUGGCCAAGUACGAUAAAUUUAUCCAAGGUCUGACCGAGGGGCGGAAAAAACAAGUGGAGAUUAUUGCGUCGAUUAAGUCCACAAAUGACGCUUUCAUUCAGUCUAGGAAAGAAGACCCUGCCGUCAAGGAUCGAGAACAUGCCCUUCAAUUUCUUGACUUCGCGUAUUCUCAUUAUAGAGAAAUCAUUCGGAAUCUAGACGAAGGGCUGAAGUUUUACAAUGAUAUGGCCGGUAUUUUGACUAACUUCAAGGAAGCAUGCAAGAUAUGGAGCAGUGCGCGCAGUCGAGAAACAAGACUCCUCCAUCGGAACAUGGCGUCUCUAUCGAUCCGUGACAACGCUUCCGAUGAAUCUCACGAAGUACCAGCGUCACCGCUAAGGACAGGCGCUCGGAAACAGAUUGCUAGUAUACCGACGCUGUCUUCCGCUGAUUGGGAGUCCCAAGAACUGGCUCCCCCACCAACAAAGCAAAUGGUAAAACAUCGAUGA